CGUGCCACCGACAAUUAAAGGGGUUAAAUGGCUCGUAUAUGGCAUUGAAUGGGUUCUGCAGGCUGGUAGGGAUAUGCUCAUGUUGCUCUCUGUCUACGCCGCAAAGUCUUAUGCUGACAUGUGCAUCCACUUCUAACGGAUCCACCGUAGGUGUGAGGCAACGGUUUUACGUCCCGAGAGAUCAGCUGGCCGCGGCCAAAUCCUUCAAACUACAAUUUUUCAUGUCCAUUAAAUAUACUGCCGCGAGAUUGUAGGUCAAAUUUGAGCUCAGUUCAGAGUGCAUGGUACGAUAUUACAACGCACCGGAAGGCCUAAACUAUCUCUGUAGCUAAUGGUGACUCU